UUUUGUAGUCUUCGGCGGGUCGCCGGCUGCCAUCUUGGACCUCGCUCGUUUGAGAAGCCGGCCGCCCGCAAAAAUCCCGUGUUUCACGCCUUCGCGCGGCUCUAGGCGCCCUGUAGAAAGGUCCUGCGGGUCCGUGACGAAAUUUGCCGAUUCUUCGCGGGCUAAACCAUCAAGAUUCGGCCCAGGAAUGUAUUAGGUUUACUCCUGCAUUCAUACAUCGGUGGUUGGUUUCCUGCAGGAGAAAAAGUUGUUGGUAGACGAUCAUUUUCGUUAAGUAAAGAAGGUACCACAGUAAUCAGCGGUAAAGCAAACGAAAAUCAUUUAAGCAGCCACAGUUUUGAGAGAAUGGCGCUGCCAAGUAGAGCACGGGUCUAUGCAGACGUUAACUCACACAAACCUCGAGACUACUGGGACUACGAAUCCUAUGUUGUUGAUUGGGGUCAACAAGAUGACUACCAGUUAGUCAGAAAACUAGGACGGGGAAAAUACAGUGAAGUGUUCGAGGCCAUUAACGUCACAAGUAAUGAAAAAUGUGUUGUUAAAAUACUAAAGCCAGUAAAAAAGAAGAAGAUAAAGAGGGAGAUUAAAAUCCUAGAAAAUCUGAGAGGUGGGACCAAUAUAAUCACGCUACAGGCAGUUGUAAAAGAUCCGGUCUCAAGGACACCAGCAUUGAUAUUUGAACAUGUGAAUAACACAGAUUUCAAGCAGCUUUACCAGACGCUUACAGACUAUGACAUAAGAUACUACCUCUACGAAUUAUUGAAAGCAUUGGACUACUGCCACAGCAUGGGUAUAAUGCAUAGGGACGUAAAGCCCCACAAUGUUAUGAUUGACCAUGAGAACCGAAAACUACGGCUAAUCGAUUGGGGAUUGGCUGAGUUUUACCAUCCAGGACAGGAAUAUAAUGUUCGCGUGGCUUCCCGUUAUUUCAAAGGACCCGAAUUGCUCGUGGACUAUCAGAUGUACGACUACUCACUAGACAUGUGGUCGCUGGGAUGCAUGCUAGCCAGUAUGAUAUUCAGGAAAGAACCUUUCUUCCAUGGUCACGACAAUUACGAUCAAUUAGUCAGAAUUGCAAAAGUCUUGGGCACCGAGGAACUCUUUGAGUAUCUAGACAAGUAUCACAUUGAACUAGAUCCCCGCUUCAAUGACAUUCUUGGUCGGCAUUCGCGUAAACGCUGGGAGCGAUUUGUUCAUUCGGAAAAUCAACAUUUGGUCUCGCCCGAGAGCCUCGACUUCCUUGACAAGCUUCUGCGCUAUGACCAUUACGAGAGACUCACAGCGCGCGAAGCCAUGGAGCAUCCUUAUUUCUUUCCCAUAGUGAAAGAACAAGGUCGAUUGACCAUGGUGUCGUCGUCACCUACUCCCAUGACAGGCUCAUUGCCUGUAGGUGAGUAGCGGCCCAGGUAAUGUCACCACCACCUUAACUUACCUCUACCUCUUAUAAUUACUGAACCGUUUAACACACCUGGUAUAAAGAAGAACCUAAUCAUUAAUUAUCUUUCAUUGGCUAUAAGUUUCUUUGUCAAUUUCGAUCAGAGUCGUGCUCUCGUAGUGCGAUUUGUAAUUUUCGAUUACUAGGAGACGUAUUCCUUUACGUUCAUUCGCUGUACAUUCUUACACGCAGUUAUAUAAUUCUUAUUAUUUUUACAAUCGAAAUUGUAGAAAAACCAUUGCGAAUACGAGAAUGCGUGUCACGCCGUUUGAAUGCCAAUAAAGUUGAAUGUUCUUUUACCACAUAUACGACGAUCAGAAAGAGUUUCUCGAGAAAUCUUUUUUUUUCUUUUUCUUUUUAUAUCGGCUCUUAUUCGCUUUGAACUACUCGUUUUUGGAUACCGGAUAGGGAAAAUAUCAAGAAGUUGAGAGUAACGUAGUAUUACCCAACGAAAGUACAUGAAAAUCUGUACGGUAAAUUUUGCAAAUGCUUUUCUAUGUUCUGAGCGUUUAUCAAUCCGUGAUUUCAAUUUUCAAUAGUUCAAAUACUAUAAUGAUCUUAACGCCUGCUUAUCAGGCUAAAUACAGUAUAGAAUCAAAAGUGUAUCAGAUUAGUAUCACAGGAAGAGUCAAUUAUUUUGUAGAAUUUUUAUGAAAAUACUUGUUAAAAACAAAUUCAAGCUUUCCUUCAUUUCCUUAACCUUUUACAAAACACAAUUCCAUACCAUUCAUUAAUACAUGAUAUAGCUAUAUGAAUAUAUGUUCAUCAACCUGAAUAACAUCAUUCGACUAACUAGAAUUUAUUAAUGAGAUUCAAUGUCAUUUUUUUUUUGUUUUACCAUCAUUAAGGGUAAAUUAUCAAGUGCGUAUAUAUAUAUUUUUUUUUCUGUCCAUAAUUUUCCGCAUCUACCAUCAACGAGAAUAUAUAUUUUUUUUCUUCGGUCACAUUUCACUUUUUAUCAGACUAUUGAGUCAGCGAGGAUGCGAAACUUUGGCGAUACCGAAUUUUCGCGUUGUUCAAAAUGACGCUGUAGAAAAGGAGAAGUGUCGCUUGAAGAUAUUUUAGAGGAUAUUUAAUCUUGGAGAGAUUACAUUUAGCUCUAAAGAUCAAAUUGUAUAUGAUUGUGUUACUGGUUGGCAUUGAUAUCACGACCGAUCGCGCUAAGACUAAUGUAAAUUUGGAACUUCCCAAAUCUUGGCAUCUUGGUUUGUAAAAUAAAUCUUACUAUUAAAUGGCAAAUACCGUUAA